AUGGAUGAACUCAAGGAACUUGGACAACAACUCUUGCUCGAAGCCGAGACUGGACUGUUGUCGAGCGCGCCGAAUGCGCCGGCCAACGGAUGGCACGAUCCCGAGUUCGAACUGCCGUACUCGCGGAAAACAUGGAGCGAUAUCGAGUUUCUUCUAACGCGUCGAUGGUUCCGCAACAUUUCGGUGGUGCGGGACUAUCCUGCUCAGACCCGCGUUGAGUAUGGGAACAAGAAUAUGCCCCUGCAUCUCUUGAUUAACGCCAUCUACUGCUUAUACUCAAAAAAACGAGACUUGUCUGAUCUACAAAAGGAGCUAGAGCAAGCUAUAGGAGCAGUAGUUCGUCUGCCAGUGCUGUCCUAUCCCAGGCUACUUCACCGCGCAUCUACGUUCAAGCGGUGUACGGACCCUAGGGACAAGAUCUACGGCACAGUUAGCGUCGCCCCUCGGAAACUCGCAGCCAGCAUAAGCUUAGAUUAUGACGACUCGAAUACGGAAGGCAAUGUAUAUGCCAGUGCAAUGCUCGCGCAUGCUAAGAUCACCCAGCGUUUCGAACUCUUCCACAAUUGCUUCUUUGCGGAAGACAUCAUGUCUGAUGAUCCGUCGUGGGUUCCAAACUUCUGGUCCGAGAUGCCCGGCGAAACGUACAUUCCUGCUCAAUUUGCAGCCUUUAGCUCGCGGGCUCAUUUCACGGUGAUCAAUAGAGAGAAGACCCCGCCGAACGUUAACCCGAAAUCGGAUAUCCUUCGAGUACUUGGACUGCGGUUUGCGGAAGUAAGCCGAAUAAGCACUCCUUUGCCAGCCUGGACCUAUAGAUGGGGCGCGAUCCGUCGCGUCAGGGAGUGGCAGCCUGACGAUAUAGACAGGGUCUACAGUCCUACGAACGAGCCGAUGAGAAAGGCGUAUGCCCUCACGCUCAACUGCAACAUCACAAAAGAGCGUGAACCGGACUGGAUGCUCACCUCGACGACUGCUUGGGUUGAUCAGGAUUUCGGUGAGCAAGCACUCUUUGGCCGCUACUCAGCAACGUCGUCGACGUCCGAGAUCAGGAGCGAUGUCUCGGACGCAGUUCAAUGCUGUGGUGAUCGUCUUUUCUUCCGCACCAACGAAGGUUAUAUUGGCCUUGGACCAUCCAAUACUCAAGCCGGCGAUAUCAUCGCAGUAUCCCUCGGUUGCUCUACACCCCUAGCUUUGCGACCGAGCUCCCGCGGCCCUGAUCACUACACUGUUAUUGGCGAAUGCUUCAUUUACGGAAUACAAGAUGGCAAUUUACUUCUCGGCCCAUUACCUCAGCCAUGGACGGGCAUAGCAGCCUGGGCUGCAGGCGAUCGUCGUAUCCUGAGCUUCUUGAACACUGAGACUCAAGGAGUCAGCGCCGAAGACCUGAGGUUAUGUGAUGAUGAUCUUGACGGGUGGGAGAGAACAACCAAGUUGUUAGAUGGCGAUGAUCUGAUAAACUAUGACUUCUUUCGGAACAAGGAAACGGGUGAGCUCAUCAACUAUGACCCGCGGCUUGAACCGGAGAAGCUGGAGAAGAAGGGUGUGAAGCUGGAGUGGUUUUCGUUGGUAUGA